AAUUAUAUUACAGGAAAAAGAAGAGCAAAAUGCUUGCCAAAUAAGAUCUAAUAUGUUAGAUCAGAAUAUUCAGUUACUAGAAAGGAAAAGGAAAGACACGGAUGAUUUUGAGGAAGAACGAGCGACAAAAAAACAAGAUGUAGAUAUGCCACCUUUCGAUGACAAAUCAGAAGCAGAUCCAAAUGAUGAGUUAGAUUUUGACAACAACGAAGUAUUUAGUAUAGAACCUAACAUCGUAUUAACAGACAACAAUAACGAUGAUCAUAUGGUAUUUCUGAAUCAUGAAGAAUACAGCGAAGAAGAAAUCUCAACAGACAAGACUUUGGAUGAUUCCAGUACAAAAUGGAUUUUGUCAAGUGGGAGAGAUGUUAAUGAAAUAUUAUCCAAAUACCGUGAGAAAAUUCCUCGCGCAAAGGCAUAUCUUUAUCCGGCUUAUUUUGGAAUAUUAGACCUUUCUGGAGAAGAUAUAGAAGUAAAGAGUUUGUUUACAGAUGAUGAAUGGAAUGAGAUGAUUAGGGAUUUUAAUAAUAAUGUAAAUUUAAGCGAUUUGGGAGAUGAACAAGAGAGACCCUUCUAUGAAUUGAUGGAUCAAAUUGCUGAGGCAUUGAAAGCUGCGUGAUUA